AUUCGAUUAUUGAUAAUGUGCUUUGCUGAGUAUGCAGUCUCAUCGAACACAUCCCACCCACCACUUUCAGAGAUUCUCGUCUGCUAUUGCCGGUUAGCUGAUUGUAGACGGUUGUGUAACGAAGGUUUUAUUGCAAUGGCUGUAGACGAAUCCCGUUAUCACACGAACAGCUUUAAAGAUUACAACGGAGAAAAGCUCCUUGGAGAAGAUAAAAAGCUUAUAGGCAGUGUUGCAGAACGAUUAAAGGAAACAAUUGGGAGACUAUUACUACAUUUUGAAGGAGUAGGGUUGUGCCAGGAGAAUACCUCAGGUCGCCCAAACUUUUCAGUAUAUACUGGAACUAGUGGUUAUGCAUUUUUGUUUGUCCACCUGCAUAAUUCCAAAAGAUGGGGAGACAGCAGUGAUACAGAGGAUACAUACUUACAGAAAGCCUUGGAACACCUCAGAGAACCACUUGCACACCCACAGGGUCGCAAGCACACAUUUCUCUGUGGUGAUGCUGGACCUUUGGCACUAGGGGCUUAUGUUUAUAGCAAACUUGGUGAUGAGCGAAGUGCUGCACAGUGCAUAUCAAGACUGGAGUCAAUGCACAUCAAUGUUAUUCGAGAUCAGACUCUUCCAGAUGAGCAUCUGUAUGGACGGGCAGGUUACCUGUCAGCCUUACUUUUUGUUCAGCAUCAUCUUGGUAUGGACAAAGUAGACAGGGAAGUCAUUAUUAAGGUGACAAAAGCUUUACUCGAUUCUGGUCAGUCUAUGGCAGCACAGCAGCGGGGCUGUCCACCACUCAUGUAUGAAUGGCAUGAAAAAAAGUACCUUGGUGCAGCACAUGGACUUGCUGGCAUCUUGUAUACACUUCUUCUAGUAAAGUACCCAGAGGUCCGGCCUCAGAUAGAGAAUACCGUGAAGGCUUGUGUAGACUACAUGCUGACUCUUCAGUAUCCGUCAGGAAACUUUCCAUCUUCAGUUGGCAGUAUUGUUCAUGAUCGACUUGUUCAGUGGUGCCAUGGUGCUCCAGGGUGGGUCUACAUGUUUGUUACUGCUUACAAGACAUAUAAUGACAAGAAGUACCUCCAAGCAGCAGAGCAGUGCUGUGAUGUGGUAUGGCAACGUGGUUUGCUGAAGAAGGGCUUAGGUCUUUGUCAUGGGGCAGCAGGCAAUGCCUAUUCUUUUCUUGCACUGUUCCGCCUCACACAGAACCAGAAACACUUGUACCGGGCAUGCAAGUUUGCAGAAUGGUGUUGUGAUUAUGGAAGGCAUCAGUCCUUUACACCCGACCAUCCAUUUUCAUUGUUUGAAGGGAUUGCUGGGACUAUCUACUUUCUUGUGGACAUGCUGGAUCCUCUAAAUGCAAGAUUUCCUGCUUAUGAAUACUGAAUAUCAGAAGAAAUAUUUUUCAUAAAUAUGCAACAAGAUAUUCCAAAAUUGUUCAUUUAAUAUAUUUUAUCAUUACAACUUUUAAUUUACAUCUGCCCAGGUUUAUGUACCAUCUAAGGACAAUUAUCUUUGAAAGCAUCUUUUACUGCAAAAUGUCUGUGUAAUUCAAGACAAAGGCAAUGAUUGUAAGUCUAUUGGAAAUGGCUUUGUGUACACAUAUGUAUGUGUGCAUGCAUGAAUCUUGCUCAUUAAGUUUCACCUUUUGAGGUUAUUGCUGAAGUUCAACUGUUAUUGUAUUUUGAGGCUUUUGUGAAAUUGUUAUAAAGUUAUUUUAGUACCAGGUAAGAACCAUGUGAACUAAACAUUUUGAAAGCAAAUGGUAUGCCUUUAUUAUUCAGUAUAUAUGUUAGGUAGAAAGUUCUCAUCAGCUGUGGGGAUGGUCCAGUGGUACAACGGUUAGUGCCUCUUACCAAUAAAGGUUGGCUGUCAUGGGUUCAGCUCUCAUCUCAGGCAUACUGUUCUUUCUCUGCAUGUGGUGCCUAUUUACAGGGAUGGCUGCUUUGGUUGGAUAUGGCCUAAGUUGCUGGCUCCAUGUAAAACACCAAUUCUCUCCCCACCCCAAACUCAUCAGCUGUAGUGUACUUAAUAUGAUGAUCAAGUUUAAAAAAAAAUAUUUGUUAUACAUAAGAUAAUCUUUGCACAGUAUUUGUGACUUUGUAUUUCAAACACACAUUGUGCUUUUAUUUAAUAGUAGUUGUGCACAAUUUAUGUGGUGUCAUGCUUAAUUUGCAUAUAAUGCACUAGAUUCUGAAUAGAUCAUUUUUGUUUUUGUGGCCUGACUAUUCUUAAACUAAUAUUAACAAUUUAUCAACAGUUUUCAAAGAAACUACUUAGCAAAACGGAAUUCGUAUUUAUAAAAAACUGCACCUUGUCAAUAAAAUUGUAAUAUGGAUAGGUGUUACUAUGUUUUCUUGAUCUGCACAGAUUGUGAUCUGUAGAGCACCCUCCUCCGUCCCACUGCUGAUCGCAGCUAUUCAUAAAAAAUGUAUUUCUGCUUUUGGCUUCGUCAUCUAUAUGUCAAGAGAUCAGUGCAAACAGUGUGACCGACAUAUCUUCUCCGGCUUAUUUCAGAAUCUCUAGUCAUUCUUUUGCAGCUAAAUGUUCAUAAGCCAUAUGUUCCAGAAUGUGUUUAGUGAUACAAGAUAGUGCUGAAGAGGUAGCUAUAUCUGAUUUUUCAGUUUCCUUAUUUGUACAAAGGAUGCUUAAAGAAAUCUCUAUUGUCAUAGCAUUCACUGGAUUCAGUAUCUUGACUAAUAAUCAAAUUGUCUUUUGCAAAAGCUCUUCUGUUAACAUUUUUUACCAUGAACAUAUAUGCAUUUUAGGUGCAUUGUUUAUUGUGUUUAUGAAAUAAAUGUCAGUAUGUGUGAAAUA